AUGGCCUCGAUCCCGCUCGGCACCUUAUGGUCACCCCCCGCCGCCGUCGCCGUGGCCGCCACAUCCCGUAUUGCGCGGCCGGUUCAUAUCCAGCUGCUGGACCGGCGAGGACCCUCGUCGGCGCGGGUCAAGAUUCAUGCCCGCACGCGUGACGCGUUUCGCUCACACUGUGACAAGCGUGCCGAUCACCUCCCCGAGCCAGAGCCAGAGCCAGAGUCAGAGCCAGAAAACGACGAUCCAAACAACGCUGCACCCUCAGAGAAUGUUCCCUUGGUAGAGGAGCUACUCAAGCGCUAUAACGCGAUUAAAGCUGAGAUGGGUGUGCGGGAGCCCCCUGAUAUAUUCCUUAAAGAGAAGGGCCGAAUUUCUAAGUACAAUAUGAAGUUGUCUUCUUCAGAUAGCAAUCUGAAUGUAGACGAAAAGGUACAAGCACAAUUAGUUUACGAAAGUGCACAAAAAGCUCUGGAUUUGGCUUCCACGGUCAUGGAUAUUGCGAGCUUAGGGUGUGGCAUGGUAGAAAUAUCUAAACAUACAGUAGACCAGAUGGUUAGGACAUAUGCGACUAUAUUUUGUAAUGUUGCUGAGGCUGCAUACCAUCAGAAGAUUGAGAUGGAAACCACUCUCUCGUUUCUUGGUGCCCUUAGAGGCUUAGGGGCAAUUGGUCAUAUCAUGGUUCAAGAUACAAUGGCUAAGCUCAAAGAUGGUCAUUUUAAAAACACUAUCAUAUCUUACAUGGAUAAACAUUCCGAAAAGUUUGUCAAGAUGAUGAAGAACUCGGAAGAUGAAACUGUGGAGAGCAAGUCAUGGCAGGCAGUGACAGGUAUACUAUUAUCUUGUCAGAUCGAUACGGAAGUGUAUAUUUUAAAGCUUAGCAAAUGUCACAGGGCUGCACUGGACUACCUUGCACGGAAGGAAUAA